GAGGAUCUCUUGACAGUAGAGUAGCUGUCAGUCCGUCGCAAACAGUUUCAGCAAGGCAGUAUCACCCUGAAGACAGGAAGGCGGAAAAAGAAUCCUUUGAUAAUGUCAAGCUCUCUGGUUGUGUGUGAAGUGGAUGAAAGUCUGAAAGAUAAACUGAAAAAGUUUAGAUUUCGGAAAGAGACCAACAAUGCUGCCAUACUAAUGAAAAUAGACAUGGAGAAACAGCUUGUUAUUCUCGAGGAGGAAUAUGAGAACAUCUCACUGGAUGAGUUGAGAGAUGAACUUCCAGAGCGGCAACCCAGAUUCAUUGUGUACAGCUACAAGUAUGUCCAUGAUGAUGGCAGGGUGUCCUACCCUCUUUGUUUCAUAUUCUCCAGUCCAAUGGGAUGUAAGCCAGAGCAACAGAUGAUGUACGCUGGCAGCAAGAAUCGACUGGUCCAAGCUGCAGAGCUCACAAAGGUCUUUGAAACAAGAAACGCUGACGACUUGACAGAGGAAUGGCUGAAGAACCAACUGUCGUUUUUUCGCUGAUUGAGUUUCUCUCAUUUCCUAAACUAUCGGUCUCUUUCUUUGUGAAACAUGCCCUUCAAUUUUAAGUUUCAAUUUUUGUGUAUGCUAUUGCUAUUAAAUGAUU